UCCCGGAAGUGAAUUGAUCACUGGAGCUUGACAACAACGUAACGAUAAGUAUUGACAACAUUCGGUAGUAUUGUUUGUUGUUUAUGCUUGAUAUGACGAAAAGACACAAUUUAGCUUCAUGGAACCAGACGGUAAUUCGCCACUUCAAUCUACUCGUUGCAUACAAAGUCAAGGAGGCCUCGUGGGAGUCGAUGCAACCUCGCUUUGUUUACAGAUGGCCACUCGCUACGUCACAAGGUCACAAGAGCUUCACGAUCGGCAUUCCAACGUCUUGCAAAUAUAAUAAAACAUGCUGAGGGAUGGCGGCGGACAGCUGCGGCGUUGCGCCCCAUCCUUCUUUCAUCUCAUAACUUUGAUGACUCGCUUGCGUGCAGUAUCUAUUGAGAUCUAGUAUAAACAAUACUGCUUUUGCAAAGUUAAUAACGCACCGUGAGGACGGUCACAGGUUGGAUUUAACGACUUGGUGUUUAUUAUGCUUGUAGUUUACAGUGGUUCGUAAUAUUUUGGGCAGAAAUAAAAUGUAUUUGUGAUUGUAUUUUGUUGUGAUGUCAUAUUAGAUCCACUUGGUAGCACUUGGACUGAGAAUGUAGCUGAUAGCUCACAGGCUCCUCCUCCUUUCGUGUGAGUCUGCCAGUCAGUGCAGCAGCAGCAGAGAGCGGAGGACAACGUCAUCUCCACAUCCUCCACUUCUUCUUUUUCUUGACCAAACCUCACACCCCGGGCUGGAUUUAUUUGGGAAUCAAGCAGCACCUGGUUGAUUGAUCUCAAGGGUCUGAGUUGCCGUGAUGGACGACCAGUCCCCCGGCAGUCCCCAGCACGGCGGAGGCCAUGCCGGCGUGGAGGCCCCACGGCACUUGAAGCAGGGUGUCAUCAGGUGCGGGUGGCUGAGGAAGCAAGGAGGUUUUGUCAAAACCUGGCACAACCGCUGGUUUGUCCUGCGUGGGGACCAACUCUUCUACUACAAGGAUGAAGAGGAAAGCAAAGCGCUGGGAGCCAUUUUCCUACCCGGCAACAAAGUCACAGAGCAUCCAAGCAGCGGCGAUGAAGCGGGAAAAUAUCUCUUUGAGGUCAUUCCAGGGGGCGACAGAGAGCGGAUGACAACCAACCAUGAGACGUACCUCCUCAUGGCCAGCACCCAGAAUGACAUGGAGGAUUGGGUGAAGACCAUCCGCAGGGUCAUAUGGGCUCCUUUUGGCGGAGGGAUCUUUGGUCAGAAAUUGGAGGAGACGGUGCGAUACGAGCGCCGCUUCGGGAACAAGCUGGCCCCCAUGCUGGUGGAGCAGUGCGUGGACUUCAUCCGGCAGAGGGGCCUACGAGAGGAGGGCCUCUUCAGGCUGCCUGGACAGGCCAACCUGGUCAAAGAGCUGCAGGAGGCCUUUGACUGCGGGGAGAAACCUUUGUUUGACUGCAACACAGAUGUGCACACCGUAGCGUCCCUGCUAAAGCUCUAUCUCCGUGAGCUUCCCGAGCCAGUCAUCCCCUUCCACAAAUACGACGACUUCCUGUCCUGCACCAAGCUUCUUGGGAAGGACGACGACACGGGCAUGAGGGAGCUAAGGAAGCUGGUCCAAGGUCUACCUCCAGUCAACUACAACCUGCUGAAGUACAUCUGCAGAUUUCUCGAUGAAGUCCAGUCGUAUUCUGGUGUGAAUAAAAUGAGCGUGCAGAACUUGGCCACGGUGUUCGGUCCAAAUAUCCUCCGGCCAAAGGUGCAAGAUCCGGUUGCCAUCAUGGAAGGAACCGUUCUGGUCCAGCAGCUCAUGGCGCUUUUGAUCGGCCGGCACGAUGCGCUCUUCCCUUGGGACGAGAACCCGGUGGGACUCGAGGUUGCCAACAACAACAACAUGGAGUCGCCAAGGCGACAAGGCGGCGUGGUCACAGUGGCUCAGAACGUGGAGAACAACAACAUGCAGGCCGUGCGUCAGUGCGUCUGGGAAGCGCCUGAGUCUCCUCCCUGCCAGCGUGAGGACAACGAUGGCUCGUCGCGCUCGGCAAGCCCUCGUAACGUUCCGGGACGUUUCGGUAACACACGCAGUCCGCCGCUGACUGUUAAAAAGAACCCGGCGUUUAGCAAAGGCAGCGGGAUCGUUACUAAUGGCUCCUUUAGUUCCUCAUCGGAUCCAAACCAAGAAAGGAGUCCGACUCUAAUCAGCGGCGGGAGCCUACCAGGACGUCGGAGCGGGACACUGAAGGGCACGGGUACAAAAAUGGGAACCAGCGGAGUUACAAGCGGAGGGAACACUAACGGAGUUCUUCGCAUGGGAAUUUCCGUCCCGGACGGAGUGACGGGUGUUCUGAACGGUCGCUGCGGUCUUUGGGCACCGAACGGAUGCGUCACGUUACGGGAAAACAACAAAACACGCGACUACCCCAACGGGGAUCAAACAUCCAACCAAAACCGUCUAUCCACGUACGACAACGUCCACUUAAACCAGCAGAACCUGCAGCAGCACAACCACGCCCCCCCCGUCUGCCUCAAUAGCAGCUGCGAGGACAAGCAGAGCGUGGACAGCGCUACCUGGUCCACCUCUUCCUGCGAGAUCUCCCUGCCGGACAACUCCACUUCCUGUCGCUCCUCCACCACUACGUGCCCCGAGCAGGACUUCUACGGAUGUCACUACCAGGACCUGGACGCACCCGCACAGGACCGGGAGUCGGGUGGGGGAGUGGAGGACGAGGGAAGGGACAGCGGCAACAGAGACGGGGGUGGAGACGGCGUUGGGGGCGGCGACCACAGUAGCAAGCUCAACGGGGGACCGGGCGGCCAUAGCGCACUGCACAGCCUGGUGGCCAGCCUCAAACAGGAAAUGCACAAGCAGAAGUCGGAGUACGAAGCCAGGAUAAAGAGCUUAGAGCAGCGCAACCUGGAUCUGGAGUCGGAGAUGGUGAGCCUCCACGAGGAGCUGGACCAGGAGAGGAAGAAGUACACCAUGGCCGAGAUCAAGCUACGCAACGCCGAGCGAGCCAAGGACGACGCCGAGCGGCGGAAUCACAUGCUGCAGAAGGAGAUGGAGCAGUUUUUCUCCACGUUCAGCGAUCUCACCGCCACGGGGAACGUUGCCGCCACCGCCACAGACCCCCGACGCCCGGAUCGCAGCAACCCCAUCUGGAUUCAGUGAAGGUGUGCUCCUUGACCUCUGCUAGCUAGACCAUAACGGGGACAAAGGAAAGGACAUGGAAGAGCAUCUCUCUUCCUAAGCUAAUGUUUACCCAGCAUGAGUAAGAUAAUAAGACAUAAAAAGACUUAAUAAGACUCAAUAAGACACACAAUUUAGCCACAGUGGGCAGUAAAUUUUACAAUAGGAUGAUGAUGACUAGCACAAACAGAUUAGCAUGGGUUAGCAUCAUCUCACUCCCGCCUUCCUGAGACCCUUUCAUAGCCGCCCAAAGCAAUGCCUGUGACUUUGAUUCUCGAAAUUUGUCUUGUAAAUUUUGGACUUUAUUCUCGAAAUCUCAGAUUUCGCUUCUUUUUUUUUUUUUACUCUGGAAUUUUUAUUGAAAUUUUUCUCCAGGAAAAAAAAGUCGUAAAUUCACGAGAAUAAAACUCAGAAAUUUACAAGAAUAAACAUAAACUUUUAUUAUUGUAAAUUUAUUACUUUAUUUUCAAAAUCUGAGAUUAUUUUUUUAUACUCUGCCGUGACCGGCAUUGCCAGGGACAACUAUGAAAAUUGGAAAUGCACUUUUUUUCCUCUGAACAUUUAAAGAAAAAAGUCAUUAAUUUCUGAAAACAAACGUCAACUUUUAUUCUUGUAUAUUUAUUUAUAUUUAUUUUUCUCGUAAAUGUAUGACUUUAUUCUUGUAAUAUUAUAAAAUAAUAAUAUAUAAUAAAUAUUAAAAUAAUAUUUAUGAAAAAUAUAUAAAAUAAAAUAUUAUAUAAAUGUUUUUCUAAAAAAGUCUUGCAAUAAUGAGAAUUAAAGUCAUACAAUUACAAGAAAAAAAUGUUCUCAUAAAUUUACGAGAACAAAAGUUAAUCAUAAAUUGACUACUUUUUUACUCAGAAAAAGUCAUAAAUUCACGACAAUAAACGUGGACUUUAAUUCUCGUAAAGGUACGAGUUUAUUAGAACUUUAUUAGAACUUUAUUCUUGUAAUAUUGCGAAUCUGAGUUUGGUCCCGUUAAAAUGUAAACACGCCUCCUAAAAUGGUGUCCAGCGCUAGCCUGGCUAGCAACGAUUCUGCCACCGUAGCUCCUCUGGAAUCGCACCUGUCGAAAAUCUGAGUUAGCUACGUGUUCCGUGGUUAGCGAGUAUAGCUAGCGGAAGGAAAAAGAGUUUGUAGUCAAUGAAAAUGUCCGCCAUCACCUGGAGUGAUGUGAGGGUGCUCCUUUAAGGGAAGGCGUCUUCCUAGUCCUCAAAAAGUGGAAUAAGAAGGUGCUGACUGAGAUUACAUUAUUCUCAUGUACAUAAAUGGGGAAACGAGUCUUAUGUAUAAAGUGAAAUGAAAACAUACGUACAGUAAAUGUUUACGUGCUAUUUAAAAGUGUUAUCCGUGUUGUAUGUGUAUGUGUGUGUGUGUGUGUGUGUGUGCGUUCACACUGUAUACGUCUUUGCACUUACAUGUUUGUUGAGUGUUCCUGUCCGUGUGCAUCGGGUUUAUGACCAAAAAAAAAAUGGACAAAAAAACCUGCUGUAAAUAAAAGAAGUUAAUAAACAUCAAACAUUUUUGGCACAAAAAAAAACAACUAAUCGUACGAUGAAUCCACGCGGUACCCCCCGUGGUUGGGACCCGAUGCAGCACGCAGGGUUAGCGGGUUGAUACUGUGAAAAACAGGGACAACAGCAGCAAUUGUGUAGCAAGGUGUGCGUGAGUGAAUGUCUACGAUGGGGUUUCCCAAACGUUUUUGUCAUAUCGUUAUCGUGAUUGCCCCCCCCCCCUCCCGCCAGUUUUUAAUGAUAACCACCGCCUCGCCAAAAUAACCCAAAGUCCAAGUUAAGCUUGCUCACUCAUGAGCCCCUGCCACCUACAUGUCAUGCCAUGCAUGGAAUUGCUCCUCCCACCAGUUAUGAGCGCUAAUCACCACCUUGCGUAAUAGAAAUCAUCAAAGCAUUUUGAAAUAAGCCACAAUCACACACGCUGCAUAGCUGUCGUAUGAUGUCAUUUCAGACACUCCUCCCGCCAGUUAUUAAUAAUACCCCCCACCUUGUAUAAUAGAAAUGAAUAGAAAUAUAUGAAAUAAGCCCCGAAGGUAUGCUAGCUCAUGCAGGAGCACCACACACCCAUACAUCUUACGCGAUUGCUUCUCCCGCCAGUUAUUAAUAACUGCCAUCUUGCAUCAUAUAUAGGACUAUAAAUAAUCCACAAAGUUAAAGUUCAAGGUACACUUGAUGGUGUACAUGCACACACGCAAUGUACAUUUCAUAUCAUGACUGCUCCUCUUGACAGUUAUUCACGAUGACAAUAAUAAUUAUUACAAUAAUAGAAAGACUCAACACAAUCCAUAAAGUCCAUGCUAAACAUGAGCGCCCGUGCAUGCAUGCAAUAUAUAAAUGGCAUACAUAUAUUGAAUCCUGCUGUUUGUUCUUAAUGAUAACCGCCACCCUCAGUUUGGGAAACCCCGCAGUAUGAAGUGUGGCUGCAAGUGGACAAUGCAAUCUUUCUAAAGUAGUCUGUGUUUAGCUUGAAACCAAAUGCCACGUCUGUCUAAAAAAAAUGCAACACGUCAUCGUCUUCUUUCAACCUGCUGCUGGUCAUUGCAGGACUUUUGGAAUGUGCACGUGGGGCAAACUACAAAAUAAAGACCGGGUCUCACGUAGCUCUCAUUUAUUAUGUACCAUAAUCCCCCCCUCACCACCACCACCAAGAGACUUGAGUCGUGGUGAGGGACAGAGGACUGGGACUGUGGAAUAAUCCAUGAUGCCAUACUUGAUGCUCAUACAAAUGAUAACAUGAAUAAAAAUGCAUUCAAGCAAUGACAGGUGUCUUUUUAGUUUAUUUUCACCGACAUAUUAUCAAAAAUAUUGGGUAAAAACUU